AUGGACAGUCGGAAGGUCUAUGGACAGUCGGAAGGUCCAUGGACAGUCGGAAGGUCUAUGGACAGUCGGAAGGUCCAUGGACAGUCGGAAGGUCCAUGGACAGUCGGAAGGUCCAUGGACAGUCGGAAGGUUCACCAUAUGUAUUUUGAAACUCCAUACCGGCCGGAGGAUGGGCCAAAGGCUCCAGUAGCGGUCUUGUUGUCCCUUUUGGAUCCAUCAGUGAACCAUGAUAUACUUAUGCCUGCAUGA